AUGGAUAAUGGCGGUACACAACGCAUUAGCCAGGGUACACAGGUUACACAGGGAAUUCAACCUACUCAAUCCACACAAUCACGCGCAGAUGCUACAGCAUCACUUCCAACGAUAGCAACGGUAAUGUCUGGCACAAGUGUUUCACCAGCCAAACAACCUAAGCCAUUCCUACGCGGUAGGGGAUUCGUCAAGACGAACGAGACGCGUCGUAGAACUACGCCGACACUUGAUGAAAUCAGACUGAGACUGCUUCAAAAGCAUGGCAGCGAUAUUGGUACACCUUCAAGACACGUCAGUGAAGGUAAGACGAUGAUUGCGACGCUGGGCAGGAGAGGUGGGGGUGUGAGAGCAGCAACGACAGCCGAGUCAACGCCACCACCAAGAAGAACAGACAUUCCAUCUAUUUCCAUCACGGCAGUAUAG